ACUGGUUGUAGAGUCUGGUAAAGUGGUGAACUGAAGACUGGAGUGAAGAGGAAGUACUUUUUAAAAUGGAAAUAUAACAAAUGUUACAUUAACUUUCAACAGGCUAGUGGAGGGAGGAGCCAGCCAUGCCUGCUCAGCCUCCUGUGAGGGAGCCAGAGGAGGAGAUGGAGGCAGAAGGAGAGUCACAGCUCCCUGAAGCCAAUGGAGACUUGGAGCAACCAAGAGAGAAUGAUGGAGGAGGUGGAGGUGGAGAUGAGACUAUGGAGGAGAGCACAGAAGAGAGGGACAGCGACCUGGAGGAGAGCGAGGAGGAGGAAGAAGAGGAGGAAGAGGAGAGCUCAGAGAUGGAUGAUGAAGACUGUGAGCGAAGAAGAGGAGAAUGCCUGGAUGAGAUGUCAGAUCUGGAGAAACAAUUUCAGGAGCUUAAAGAGAAGUUGUUUCGGGAGCGGCUGAACCAAGUGAAGGUGAAGCUGGAUGAGGUGCUAACAGGAAAAGCUGGAGAAUACAGAGAACCACUAGCUGCACUACAGAACAGCAUGCAGAUACGGACACAAGUGGCUGGAGUGUACAGAGAGCUGUGUCUGCAGGUGAUCAAACACAAACAUGAGUGUGAACUACAGGGAGCAAAGCAGCACCUGGAGAGUGAGCGGACAUUGCUGUUUGAUGCCAUGAAGACAGAACUACUGGAAAAGAUAAGAAGACUGGAGGAGGACAGGCAGAAUAUAGACCUCACCUCAGAGUGGAGUGAUGAAAUGAGGAGCAAGAAGUGUAAGAGAAAGAACCAACUGGGUCGGUCAGAGAGGAAAAAGAAAGUAGCUCUUGUUUCAGGGCCGUUCAUCGUCUACAUGUUGAGGGACAUCGACAUUCUUGAAGACUGGACCGCUAUCAAGAAGGCAAAAGCAGCUCUCACACCUCUAAAGAAGAAAGUUGAAAAGCGGUGAUAAUAGGAGAAACUUCCUGAAGAAAAGUGGCAAAUAAACCAAACUGAAGACACACACACAGACACAUUCCCAGCAUUCCCACUAACAGUUCAGGUUUUGUCUCCCAGACUGAAACUCAGCAGACUGUUGUGUUGUUUUUAUCUGCGCCUUUGACCCCAGCACCCCUCCAUCCCUCUGCUUGUUUGUUAUCUAUUGCUAUUUAAAAGAACUUCUUAAUAAUAUGACAACCAUGUAUUUAUAGAAUGAUUCUUAAUGGUGAUUAAAAAUUUAAUCUUUUGUGACACAA